ACUAAAAAAUAGUUUAGAGACGACGGAGAUGGCGGUGAGAGAGAAAGCUAUGGCGACGUUGCCGAAAUUGAUUCAAAGCAUGAGGAAGGAAGCUCUGAAGCAGCCAAAUCUUGUUUUGCCAUCUCUCAGACGAGCUUUCUCUCUAUACGAUCAGAUCAAUCUCAUCGAUAACGUUCCUGAGGAUCAGCUUCGAUUCAGGAGUAAGUUUGAUGAGACGAGUUUCAAGGUGAAUGGGGUUAAAUACGAAGGUAGCUUGCUCUGUGUUGGGAAUUUGCUUAUGUCAUGGAGCCCUCGUAACUUCUCCCAGAUCACAACCGAUAGCUUGUCAAUCUUCCAGACAGUUCGACCAAUUCCAGAGCUCUUGAUUGUUGGGUGUGGAAGAUACAACCACCCACUGAAUCCCCAAGUCCGUCAGUUCAUAAAGUCAAUUGGCAUGAAGCUGGAAAUACUUGAUUCUAGAAAUGCUGCAUCAACUUACAACAUACUAAAUGAGGAAGGCAGGAUUGUGGCUGCUGCUUUGCUUCCCUAUGGAGUUACAUCGUAAGAAACUCAACACCUCUGCUGGAAUACUGUAAAACAAACUUUGAACCACUCGAGUCGAUCGUCAUAGUUGAAACACCAACACUGUCUUUUCUUUUUUUCUUUUCUUUUUUGGGGUCAAACACUGUAUUUUUACUGUAAAUAAAGAUGCUUCACUCAAAACUUUUGCUAGAGAAUCAAAAUGUCCAUCGUUAUCUGCUCAGGAUAACAGCAUUAUUGAAACUUUCCUUGUUCACAGCUUAAACUUGGUUGAGCGUUAUCUGAAUAAUAGAAGAUACUUUCCUGCUU